CAUGGCGGCUCCCUGUGUGAGGCUUGGUUCUGUGCGCUGUACUGGGACGUUACUGAGAUAUUUCUGUGGAAGCGCCAGACACCAAGCAGCUGCAGCAAGUCAUGAAGAAAUAGACAUUCCACGAAGAAAAUCCUGGGACAAAACCGCUGUGCUGCAAGCUCUAGCCUACACAGUCAGCCAUGACCCUACAGCUGCACAUUACAUGUUUCAAGAUGAUCCUUUUCUUGUGCCGAAAACAUCCUCUGAGUUUCGUUUAUAUUCAUUAUCCAAGGAGUCUGGGAGAAAUGCAGCCAAGUACAUAAUCGGCACACACCCCAAGCUCUUUCAGAAUGACAUAGCCGAGCCCCACAUUCCGUGUUUAAUGCCUGAGAAUUUCCAGCCCCAGAUUGAAGGCGUUAGUGAGGAGGCAUUAAAGGAGCGCAUUCAGCUAAGGAGGAUCAAGGAGUCUAUUGAUCUGUUUGAUCAGCUCCUACAAGGAGGAACAGCACCUUCCCUAGAGACAACAAACAGGCUACUGGAUCUCAUUUGCUUCUAUGGGGACAGGGAACCCACUCGGGACAUUCAGACAUCGGAACAGAAUCAGCAAGAUGAUCAAGAUCAGCAAGAAACAGAAGACUCCAAGAAAAGACCAGGACAGUAUCGAAAAGCCUCUGAAAUUCUUGGUUCUUGGAGAGAGAAUAACAACGCUGAGCGGAUAUUCAAUCUGAUGCCUGAGAGGAACGCUCAUUCAUUCUGCACCCUGAUCCAGGGAAUGGUCAAGUACGGAUCUUCUAACAAAGCAUUCAACACGUACACCGACCUGAUGAACAACAGAUUGACAGCGGAUGUGCAGACAUUCAAUGCAUUGAUACUGGCAGCUCCUGAUAUGAAAGAGAAGUACAAUGAGAAGUGGGAUCUGAUUGUGGAGCUGCUGAAGCACAUGGUGCAACAAAACGUCCGGCCUAACCUGCUGACCUUCAACUCUGUGCUGAAGAGCUUACGGAAAUGCGGCACAAUGGCCAGAGGGCUGGCUCUGCAGACUAUAAAUGAGAUGAAAGCACUAAACAUAGAACCAAGUCUGGGCACUUACAAUCACCUUCUGGGAGUCUUUUACAAAGGAGCUCUAUCUCCAAGAGGACAGACUGAAAUCCUUUCUGAGGUGCUGGAUGAGAUCGAAGGGAGAAGCUUCACCCUGAGGGACCCAGAUGAUGUGUAUUUUUUCACAAAUGCGAUGAGAGUGUGUUUGGAUCUGAAGGACAUUGAGCUGGCCUAUCGACUGCACGCACUGCAACAGACUGCUGAUAACAGAGGACUAAUGGGAGACUUCUACCUGCAGAGCACUUACUAUGGCAGGUUCUUUAAUCUCCUGUGUAUGAUGGAGAACAUCGACGUCAUCUUGAAGUGGUACAGAGAGCUCAUCCCCUCGCUGUAUUACCCCAAUUCCAGAGGCAUGCUGGACCUUCUGCAGGCUCUUGACAUGGACAAUCGCUUGGACUUGAUCCCUCAGAUCUGGAAAGACAUUAAACAGAUUGGACACAGUAACAAAGUUGAGUUGGUGGAGGAAGUGUUGAAGUUGAUGGCCAGAGAUGUACAACCAGCAGAGCUUCAGGCGGCUUUUGCCGACACUGCUCUGGAUAUAAAGUCUCUGUAUGAGGUGAGGGACCGCGUGCGAAUAGUCUUGGAGUGGUCCUCUGCCUCCUUGGGCAACAUAUCCGUCCUGCUGGCAAGGGCUGGAAGAACAGAGGAGGCUUGGAAAAUGCUGCAGCGUUUCAAAACAAACCAUCGAGUGCCCAGCACGGAGGUCGUAGACGAGUUCUUGAGCAGAGCCAAGAUGGACGCCAAUACCAAUCUGGCUAUUAGUCUGGUGCAGUUGGCAGUUGGCUUCAGCCUCCCCAACACAGGAAAGCUAGCAGAGCGUGUCAUGGAGGAAUUUAAUGUCUCUGAAGAGCAGAGGUUGACCCUGGAAGACUUGCAGAAAUCUCACAGCAGCAGCAGUAGUAGUAGUGAGAGCAGCGACAGUGACCGCGAGUGAGAUGAGCCAAUGACCAUCAAGAGGACCCUCCUAUAAUUUAUUUGUGCAGACCAACUGGGAUCCAUUUCUGGGCUGCUCAUCUUGUCUCACUGACCCUGUCCAAAGUCUGAACUUACCAACUGCCAGAAACGACAGAACCGGAUUGCUAGGAAUGUUUUUGUUAUAGACGUUGCAGAACAUAUCAUGUAAAAUUAUAUAAAACGUUCUAUUCACAGUAA